GAACAUCCCAAAGCUUCACUGGAGGAGGAACAGCCCACAGCUGCCAUGGAGGAGGAACGGCCCAAAGCUUCACUGGAGGAGGAACAGCCCAAAACUGCAAUGGAGGAGGAACAUCCCAAAGCUUCACUGGAGGAGGAACAGCCCAAAACUGCAAUGGAGGAGGAACAUCCCAAAGCUUCACUGGAGGAGGAACAGCCCACAGCUGCCAUGGAGGAGGAACAGCCCAAAGCUUCACUGGAGGAGGAACAGCCCAAAACUGCAAUGGAGGAGGAACAUCCCAAAGCUUCACUGGAGGAGGAACAGCCCACAGCUGCCAUGGAGGAGGAACAGCCCAAAGCUUCACUGGAGGAGGAACAGCCCAAAACUGCAAUGGAGGAGGAACAUCCCAAAGCUUCACUGGAGGAGGAACAGCCCACAGCUGCCAUGGAGGAGGAAUGCAAAACUUUAACGGAGGAGGAGCAGCCCAGAGCCGUAAUAGAGGAGGAACAGCCCAAAGCUUCUCUGGAUGACGAUGGAGACAAGUCGCAGUGUCCUGAACUGGCUGAGUUGUGGCUGACCGUUCGCAGCUCGCAACCCUUGCAGCUGCGAAGACUUAUCAAGGCCUUGCCGGACAAGUCCGUGGCAUGGACCUUGCAAGACGAGGAUGGAAUGAGUCUGAUGCACCGGGCGGUGUGGACCGUCCCCAACGACCGGGUCUUCGCCGUGGUGGCCCUGCUCUUGCAGUCCCGGGCCGAGGUGGAUCCACGAAAUCUGCUGGGAGAAACGCCACUGAUGUUGGCUUGUCGUGCCGCUAUGGAACGUCCUGUGGAUGCAACGAUUUCGGGACCCUGGUUGCGCCCGUUGCGCAAGCUCUUGGAGGCGCGUGCCGACCCCAACGCAGCGGAUUUGUCUGGGGAGCCGCCGCUCAUCGAAGCCGCCUGUGCCGGAGAUGUAGAGGUGUGUCAACUGCUGCUUGAAGCGAAUGCAGAUGCCUCUCCAGAGAGUAGCGUGGGAAUGACUGCCCUUGGUUUUGCCGAGAGCGAAGGACAUCGGGAGGUGGUGGAGCUGCUGCUGAAGCAGCACACUUUCAAAAGUCGACCUUUUCAGGAGGAGUUUGAGCCAAAGAGCUCAACACCUCCUUCGGGUCAUUUGGAGGAAGUCAGAGAGGUGUCAUCCAGCGGCCCUGCGGAUCAAGAUGUCUCCGCCGAGGUGCAUCGCAAGGACGACCCUGAGCCAACGCCAGAGCCCACUGCGGAGGCGACCGCGGAUGCAGAGGAGCCAGCGAUGGAAGCAGACCUUGACCUUGACCCACCAAAAGCUCAGUCCUUCCUGGAAACUGCUGAGAGCCUCGGUUCGCUGGUGCCGGCCUACCACUCCGGCCCUGUCUUGCGUAAGGAGGUUCCACGGGCGCGCUGCCCUCAGGAAAGUGCUAUGCCUGCGCCAAAGACUGCGCCGGCUGCAGCCCAAAUUCCUCGAAGUUUUGCUCCAACUCCGGCGCGCAUGGUGCCGCCUCCGGCUAUGCCGGCGACGUCGGCGCCCAGCUAUGGGGCGGCACAGCAGGCGGCGCCCCGCAUGGCGAGUGCCAAGUCGAAUGGCUGGGCAGGGCCGUACACAGGCUACAGAUACCAAAGCCAGCCAGUGCCAAUGCGAAGUCCAGCUGUGAAUCUGCGACAGGAGCACACACGGCAUGCCAAAGCCAGCCGCGCCCCGGCCCCAACGGCGAAACCCCCGGCCCCGAAGCCCCAGCCAGCUCGCCCGGCGGAGCCUAGCGAUAGCGAUGAGGCGCGAGAAGACUGUGGUCCUCGCGUGCGGAAAGCCAUGGAGCAAUUUCCUAGCUACAGUGGUGAGAUGCCACCCCAAGAGGCCGAGACUACCUGGUCAGAUCAGGAGCUUUACAACUACUUCUUCUCGAGUGGCUUCAUCAAGCCAAAGAAGAAAGGUACAAAGCCCAAACCCACCCCACAGCAGAUGGAGCAGUACUACACCGUGCUGAAUCUCAGGCCGGGUGCGAAAGCGGCCGCCAUCAAGAAAUCCUUUCGCCAAUUGGCCCUGCGGUUUCAUCCCGAUAAGAAUCGGGACAGUCCAGAGGCCACGCUGAAGUUUCAGGAAAUCACCGAGGCGUAUGAAGUGAUUUGCAGAACGUUGGAAAGUCGCGAGGUGAUGUCAAAAAGGGCCGUGCCUGCAGGGUCCAAGAAUCGCAAGAACGAGAAUCUCAAGAAUGAAUCGGGGCGAAAACUUCACCAUCUUCACACUCGCCGGUCAUCGCCGGUCAUCGCCGGUCAUCGCCGUCCACGAGCGGAGUUCUGGGUCGAUGGCGUGGCUCUUUGGGAAGCCGUCCAAGAGAGCAACUGA